AUGGCUUAUUUAGCCCAAUCUUCGGAAGCGUUUCCCUUCCCCAGGCUCAUCCUGCACUGGAAGACGUCAACGGGGUCAACGAUCGACCUGGCGCUGGAGGCCACGUCAGCGAGCGGCGCGGCGGAUGGCUGGUUCGCAGUGGCGUGGACCAAUGGCGGCAUGGUCAACUCCGACGCCGUCAUCGGGAACCUCGCCACGCCCGCCAGCGGCGUGGACACGUACGCGAUCUCGAGCUACUCGGGCCCGGUUGCCACCACGCGCUUUGCCGUCAGCGGCGCGAGCGUGGCUUCGGAAGGCGAAAGCACGAUCGUGAGGUUCACGCGGGAGACGGGAGACGGGUUUGUGGCGAUGAACGUGGCGGGGAGCAACAAGCUCGCGUGGGCUCACUCGUCCAGCGCCUCGCAGACAGUUGCCAACCAUGGCGGCUCGAACAGAGGAACCACUACUGUUGAUUUCUCUUGCGACGACACAGCCGGCUCUGGAUCAGGCUCCGGGUCAGGCUCGGGAUCAGGCUCGAGAUCAGGCUCGGGCAGUGGUGUUGGCACGUGCACGGACAACACGGGCGUGAGCGGCACGGCAUGCCCUGCGUCCACCCUGUGCGGCUACUCCUACCAGGCGCAGAUUAAAUCGGGCGUGCACUGGAAGCGCGCCUACGCUUCCAGGACGGGGUUCCUCUGUUCCGCUAAGCUUUCUUCUUCUGCAUUGGAAGCGUGCCGCCGCCUUGCAGCUGGGCAUGGCCGUGCAGCUCAAGCCACAUCUCUCGUUCUCCAUUUCCCCCCUACCAUUGCCACCCGAACCGCGUACCGCUGCCGUGUCCGCCCCUCUUCCCAGCGUGCUGCUGCACUGAAAGCGGGCCUGCGCCAUGGAGCUGGACAUGGCUGUGGAGCUCAAGACAAACGAUUCAUUCCUUCUUUUCCUCCCAAUUUCUUCCCUUCUUCUCUCCUUGUCCCCAGCGUGCUGCCGCAUUGGAAGCGUGCCUCCACCACACAGCUGGACAUGGCCGUGGAGCUCAAGAGCAGCAGCGGCGUCAGCAACAGCUGGUUCGCCCUCGGCUGGUCCAGCGCGGGACGCAUGGCUCCCUCCGACGCAGUCAUUGGCAACAUGGACGGGGGGGUCGUCACCCCUUACCACAUCACUGGCCACACCAUAUCCUCCUUACAAGAUGCCUCGUUCAGCAUUGGUAGCAGUGCUGGGACCGUGACAUCGGCUUCAGGGUCCACAGUGAUCCAGUUCUCCCGCACGGCCAGCACGGGGUUUAUUCCCGUGAAGAUGACCGGAGUCAGCCGCCUCAUAUGGGCGCACUCCGACUCAAACUCCAAGACCCUUGCCUUCCACGGCGGCACCAAGUGA